CUGCCUCACCUGAUCAAGGAGUGACAGGGAAAACUGGCCAAGUGCUGAUAGUUUGACUGGAUCCAAUGAAGUCAUCCAGAGUAGUCUAAGAACAAGGAGGAGGACACAGGUGGUCAGAGGGGCUUGUGUGACCCAUCCAAGCAGGGUCUCCACGGAAACACUGAGACGAAGAGGCUUCUGAUGUCAAAGAGCAUGUUUACGGCAACAGCAAUGGACAUGGCAGAACUAUAUGAUGGUGCAGCUGGACUUCUUUCAUACCGGUUGAUGUAAAUUGAACCAAACUGGAUCACUAAGUUUCUUAACCCAUGCCUUUGAAAUGAAGCGUAAAAUAUAUGGAUGAGUGCAGCUAUUUCAUGUGUGACCCAAAGCCACAAGCCUCCAGAGGAGGGCCUUCCACCAUGAGCUAAACCCAGACUCCAGUAGCAGGAUGACAGCCGUGUGUCCAGGCGAAACGUCUGAUGCUGUAGGGAACAGUGAAGGCUGCGCCCGCUGGAGCCACCAGGACAGCUCAGACAUCUGCACUGAUGAUGAGAGUGGGCCUCCGCGCCGUCUCACGCCCCUGGAAAAGCUCAACCUGGACAUGUGCCAGGAUGACAAAGUCGCCCGUGAGCUCACGGUGGGCCGCAGGAUCGGCUUUUACAAAAUCCGUGGCGAAAUUGGCUGUGGGAACUUCUCACAUGUCAAGCUGGGCAUUCAUGCCCUCACUAAAGACAAAGUGGCAAUCAAAAUCCUGGACAAGACCAAGCUGGACCAGAAGACGCAGCGGCUGCUUUCACGGGAGAUCUCCAGCAUGGAGCGGCUACAUCACCCCAACAUCAUCCGGUUGUAUGAGGUGGUGGAGACGCUUUCCCGUCUGCACCUGGUCAUGGAGUACGCUGCAGGAGGGGAGCUCUACACCAAAAUCAGCACCGAGGGAAAGCUGUCAGACAUUGACAGCAAGAUUGUCUUUUCCCAGAUCCUGUCUGCUGUCAAGCACAUGCAUGACAAUAACAUCAUCCAUCGGGAUCUGAAGGCCGAGAAUGUCUUUUACACCUGCAGCACAUGUGUGAAGGUGGGCGAUUUUGGGUUCAGCACCAUCAGCCAACGGGAUGAGACUUUAAACACCUUCUGUGGCUCACCGCCAUACGCUGCACCCGAACUGUUCCGCGACGAGCACUAUGUGGGUGUGCAUGUGGAUGUGUGGGCACUGGGUGUUCUGCUCUUCUUCAUGGUGACGGGCACUAUGCCUUUUCGUGCUGAUACAGUAGCCAAGCUGAAGCGUUGCAUUCUGGACGGCACAUAUACCUUUCCACCCUGGGUGCCUGAGCCGUGCCAUCGGUUGAUCCGGGCAAUCCUGCAGCCACAACCUUCAGACCGUUGCAGCAUAGAGCAGAUGAUGGCCUGUGAGUGGCUGCUACCCGUGGACUUCCCUCGUGCGUUGGAGCCCUUCCACUUGGAUCCUCUCCACUUGGCAGAGGCAGGUCCAGGUGAGCUGGAGGAGGACGAGCUUGAGGUAAAGAGUGCCCUAGAGGCCCUGGGCAUCACAGCGGAGCACAUUCGCAACAACCAGGGAAAAGACUGUCGCAGCUCCAUCACGGGCGUGUACCGUAUCCUACUGCACCGUGCACACCGCCGACGGGCUAUGGAGAGCAUGCCUGUUGCCAUGCAUGUGCCUGCAGACCCUAAGAAGGACCAUCUGCGAGCAUACCGCAGCCUGCGACACACCUCUAAGCUCUGUGCCAUUCUGUGA